CCGCGGCCUCUGGUGCUUGGGCCGCCCUGAGGAGCCGGGGCCGGGCGGGGCGAGCUGACGGCCCCGGGUCGCUGAGGCCGCUGGAGAAGGAGGCGGCGGCCGAGCGGAGGCGCCCGUCCGGCAGACUCCGGGAGUCGGGAGGAGGCCGAGGGGACCAUGUCCGGGAAGCGCUACCAGUUCUCUACUACCGAACGCGCCAUCAAAGCUGUCCCCUUUCCUCCAAGCCAACGGCUUACUUUGAAGCAAGUAUUCGAGAAUGGGAAACCUAAAAUUGAUGUUUUGAAAAACCAUUUGGUAAAGGAAGGACGGGUGGAAGAGGAAGUAGCCUUAAAAAUAAUCAAUGAUGGGGCUGCCAUCCUGAGACAAGAGAAGACAAUGAUAGAAGUGGAUGCUCCAAUCACAGUGUGUGGUGACAUUCAUGGACAAUUCUUUGACCUGAUGAAGUUGUUUGAAGUUGGAGGAUCACCUAGUAAUACACGCUACCUCUUUCUGGGUGACUAUGUGGACAGAGGCUAUUUCAGUAUAGAGUGUGUGCUGUAUUUAUGGAGUUUAAAGAUUAAUCAUCCCAAAACAUUGUUUCUGCUUCGAGGAAAUCAUGAAUGCAGACAUCUUACAGACUAUUUCACCUUCAAACAGGAAUGUCGAAUCAAAUAUUCUGAACAGGUGUAUGAUGCGUGUAUGGAUACAUUUGACUGUCUUCCUCUUGCUGCCCUCUUAAACCAGCAGUUUCUCUGUGUUCAUGGAGGAAUGUCACCUGAAAUUACUUCUUUAGAUGACAUUAGGAAAUUAGACAGGUUUACUGAACCUCCCGCCUUUGGGCCAGUGUGUGACUUGCUUUGGUCUGAUCCCUCAGAGGAUUAUGGCAAUGAAAAGACCUUAGAGCACUAUACCCACAACACUGUCCGAGGAUGCUCUUAUUUUUACAGUUACCCUGCAGUUUGUGAAUUUUUGCAGAACAAUAAUUUAUUAUCAAUAAUCAGAGCCCACGAAGCCCAGGAUGCUGGGUAUCGAAUGUACAGGAAGAGCCAAAUAACAGGCUUUCCAUCACUUAUUACAAUUUUCUCUGCCCCCAAUUACCUAGAUGUCUAUAACAAUAAAGCUGCUGUGCUGAAAUAUGAAAAUAAUGUCAUGAAUAUAAGGCAGUUUAACUGUUCCCCACACCCCUACUGGCUUCCAAAUUUUAUGGAUGUUUUUACAUGGUCUUUGCCCUUUGUUGGAGAAAAAGUCACAGAGAUGCUGGUUAACAUUCUCAACAUAUGCUCUGAUGAUGAACUGAUUUCAGAUGAUGAAGCAGAAGAUCACUACAUUUCAAGCUAUCAGAAAGGAAGCACUACAGUUCGUAAGGAGAUCAUCAAGAAUAAAAUCAGAGCCAUUGGGAAGAUGGCACGGGUCUUCUCAAUUCUUCGGGAAGAGAGUGAGAGUGUGCUGACUCUCAAGGGCCUGACUCCUACAGGUACACUCCCUCUUGGUGUCCUCUCAGGAGGAAAGCAGACUAUUGAGACGGGUGAGUAUGAGAAUGCUCUUCUCACAGAUGGUGUGCUCCCAUUACCCAGUGGCCACAAUAAAGUUAAAAAUUGGGGUUUCUUUCAGUAAAUGGUACUAAAGCAAUUGGAUAUCCAUCUGGGGGAAAAAUGAAUCUUGACCUUUACUUCCCUCUAUACACAAAAGUUAAUUCAAAAUGGAUUAUAAUGUAAAUGUAAAAGGUAAAACAGUAAAGCUCCUAGGAGAAAGUAUGGAGAGUAGACAUUGGGGUAGGCAAAGAGUUCUUAAGU